AUGUUAAGUUCAUAUAGUUUAAAAGAAACAUCUUAACCAGAUAAAUAUGGUAUUAACACUGGAUAUUCAGAAGUGGUUACUGCAUUAACUGAAUAUAUGAAAUCUAUUGAAAUCAAUGGUCUUCCAAAUACAUCACUUAUUGAUGAUAUGGUAGAAAGAUAUCUCACUAGAUUAAUAUAUGAAAAAUUAUAUCCCAAAGAACCAACAGCUAGAGAUAUAGAAUUAAAUAUAAGACUAAAAACUUUAGAAUGGAUUACAGAUGAACAUUUAAGUAUAAAAAUUAAAUAAAAAAUUGAUUAAUAAUUUGAAUGUGCUGCAUAAAGUAAUAUAAAUAUAAUUUAAAUUUAGUUAUUAAUCAAAUUGAAAUAAAAAAGAACUCUGUUGAUAAAUUAGAUUGUAUUUUAAAAGCUACUUAAUUAAUUACAGAUACUAUAUCUUAAGUUAAUUAAGAAGCAGCUUCUGCAGAUACUGUAUUUCCAGCCUUUAUAAGAGUACUAAUUUUAGCAUAGUCUACAAGAUUGUAAAGCAAUAUCAAGUAAUUUAUAAUAAUAUUCAGUUUCAUAGAACUUUUUAUUAAUAAAUCAAGAAUGAUGAGUCAUGCUGGAUAUUGUUUCACACAAUUAAAGUCAGCCAUUGUAUGGAUUGAAAAUGUAAAUUAUGAAUAAUUAAAAAUGGAUCCCCAUUAAUUCAAUAGACUGUAAUAAGAAAAAAAUGUUAAGUAUGGAAUGUGCAAACGAAGAGAUAGAAAGAAAAGAAUUCUUUUAUUUUGA